CAUUUGUGCUCUGUAGUUAUUAAUAAGAAGUGAAAAGCGGGUUGGAGUAUUUACGCAUAAGUUAUGAUAUUUUUGUGACAUACUAACAUUGUAUUCAACUAAAUAAUAGCGUAGAAACGAACCAUAAUGUCUGAUAUAUGGAACACAAGAAAAUUAUGAUAUUUUACAUCUACGUGUAGCAACGUAAACUAUGUACAAGAGAUCAUAUAUGUAAACAAUAGUAAUAUAUGGAUGUCGUUUAAAAAACGUAUGACUUACUCAAAAAUUAAGAAAAGUUUAUAUUUUUAUUCAACCUUUAAAAUCCUGAUGUAAAUUAGGAAACGUUGUUUUUCAAACACUUUUAAUCCACAGAAUUUUCUGGUUACAUUCUUAUUUUCAAUCAAUCAAAUUAUUAAUCACAAAAUAAAUUGGAAAAUUGAUAGAACUUUAUUAUUUGUUUUAAACAUUAUAUUUAUAACAUACUCAAAACAGAUACAGCAAUUUUCUUUUUUAAUUAUCCUUUUUUUGUGUGUAUUUUAAUAUAAUUCAUAAUAUUCUAUAUAGUUUACAUUAUCUACCUGAGAAAAGACUAUAUAUAUAUAUUACAUAGACAAUACAUAAACAAUCUGCAUAUAUGUAAUUUUGAAAUCUACAGCAUAACCUUGAUAAGAAAGAAAAGUACGAAGUGUAAGAUACAAAAAUUAAAAAAAUAUGGUUGGAUAUUGUUAUGUUUGCAAAAUAGGGCCAGGAGAAGAAGAUAAUGUAUCUAUUCACAAGUUGUGAAACAGGUCCACACAGUGGAAUUUGUAGCAAACACUUCCAAGAAUCUGACUUUAUUUACAAAAUAUAUGGUGCUGAUGUUAGAAGAUUUAUUAAACCAGGAGCUUGUCCAUCUCUAUUGCAGUGUAAACGAAAUAAUAAAGAAAAUACGGAGACUGUUUAUGAGCAAAAUGCAAGUAACUAUAUAUCAAGUGAAAACCAUGAUAUAAAUGACUGUACGUCAAGUGGAGACCGUGAUACUAAAAGUGACAUUAUUGUAAAUACAAGUAUAAAAGUAGAAGAUAUAUCAUAUGAACCCAUAAAGAUUGAAGGUGUUACGAUAGAGGAAGCGUCUCCAAUGGCUAAAAUUUCUUUAAACAGUAAAACAAACAAUCCUCUAGUAGGAAAAAGACGUUGCAACACUCCAAGAUAUAUUGGAGAUCUACGUCCUGAAGAUUUUAAUUCAUAUCAAUGUUGGAUUAUGUUCCAUAGAUAUUUGACAGAAACAAGAAAGAAAUUAAAAUAUUUAAAAAGUGAAAAUAAUCGUUUAAGUAACAAAGUAGCCAGAUUACAAGUGAUAUUUGAUCAUUUCAAAGAGAAAGGACUUAUUUGUAGUAAUGACAGGGAUUGCUUCAUAGAGUCCACAAAAGAAAUUACUACAAGUUCUAUAUGAAUAUAUAUCUGAAAAAAAAUAACUCACGACAUAUAUUUUUCUUGUAAUAUUAAAAAUACUGUUAAAAAAAUAGACAGUAUCAGCUGCAUAUUAUUUGAAACAGAAUUGUGACAUUGUCAGUAAACAAAUACAAAAUUAUGAGAUGAAAAAUCCACAAAUAUACAAGAAAUUUGUUUAUAUAUGACAAUUCACUAACACAUUCACUACUAUGUCAUAUGUGUAUACAGGUUUGCAAUCUUUCCUUUACUAAAGAUCGGAAAAAGUGAAGUGAAAUGCUCAUAAAACAUUGAAAACGAAUCCAUGAAGGACAUAGUACCAAUCCAGAAGAGAAGCAAUCAAUGAGGAUAUUUAUGCUACACAAUUGUAUAUCGUUAUAAUUUUUGGCUUGGUGUUCAAUAAGCCACGGAGUAUCACAAUUCUUUUGUUUUCAGAGCGAUAUUAUAUAGGGUGAUUCAAAACAAUUUCCUGUUCUUGAAAUGCCAUAUAUAUUCUUCUGGAAUUCUGAGACAAUUUUUCCUUUUGUAAAAUGUUAUCCGAAACUUAGUUUUUGAAUUAAUAAAAUAAAUAGUUUGCUUGUUACGAUUCGGAUACAGGAAGUAAGCAGAAGCGACGCAACUUAUCGAUAGAUACAAGCACUCAAGUGGGAUGUCUGGUGCUACAGCUAAUUGAUACAUGUGAUAGUGUUUAUACAUAUUAUACACAUUACUUUUAUAAUUUUCGUUAAUAUGUAACAGGAAAUAACGUGCUUUAAAUUAGUAGAAUACAAUUAUAAUAUAAUAUUUGAGAGUGAAAUAUUCGAUUACGUUUUAGCUAACUGGAAAAUAACCUUUAAAAAUACGAACGAGAGGCGGAGUGUUAAUAGUCAUAGUUUGAAAAGCAUAAGAUGUUUUUACAAUUAAGAAAACCAACGAAUUAUAAUCACAUCUUACUAAUUUAAAACAUUUUAUUUGCUAUUGCGCACGAUUAUUGACAAAAAUUAUAAAAAUGAAUAUAACUAUUGUCAUACAUCUAAUUGCCCAAGGCGUCCUACGCUGGUGCUUGCUGACACCUAACUGUGAAUUGUGUUGCCUCUGUCUUCCUAUGCUCAAUUCGUAAUAGACAAACUAUUUAUUUUUAUAACUUAAACACUAAGUAUUGGAUAAAUAACAUUUUACAGAAGGAAAAAUUGUCUCAAAUUUCACUUUUAUUCAAGAAUAUGAUAUUUCAAGAACAAAAAGUUUCGAGUCGCCCCGUAGAAUGGAUUAAUAACUUAAUAAUCUAUAAAUAAUCUCUCGGUUUUAUUUUCAAAAAAACGGAUGAUGAGAGAGAGAGAACUUUUUCUCGUAAUUACAAGCAAUUCAGUGAAAAAUCUACAUGUUUGUAAUUUAUAUGUUUAUUUGUAAAAUUGUAAGAUUUUUUUGUUCAGUUUGACCUAAUUUAUAUUCCUACACAAGUUUUAUAUCUUAUUGUCAGAC